AUGGCUGAGAGAAAGAAGCCUUCAGGAGCUCAAUAUCGUAAACGAAAAGUUGAACAGCAGAGGGAACAAGAAAAACAGAAGGGUUCAUUGCUAAAGUUUAUAUGCCGACAAGACUCUACUAAAGAGGAUAGUAAUGGUGGACAGAUUCCCACUGAUAUGGAAGCUGAAGAAAUAUCUAAUGUUGUUGAUAAUGAUAAUGUGAUGAUGAGUGAAACACUUUCUUACUCAACAGUUCCCGUUUCCCAUGCAGAUAAUGGCCAAUGGAAUAAUUCUCUCGAGGAACAUGUACAGCAAGUAAGCGAAGAAAAAACGGAUAAUGUUAUUCCACAGGAUCCAGCACUUUGGCCUCUACUAAUUAAUCAUAAUACACGUGCAAUCAUUGUAGAACGUGAACCUCAGCAAAUAAAAGAUAUCAGUUUCCCAAAUGAUAAGAACAAUCGAAAGUUUUCAGUAUUUCACUACUUAAGAAAACUUCCUAAUGGAGAAGAAUUAUGUCGCAGCUGGCUCUUGUAUUCAGUAUUAAAAGACUCAGUGUUUUGUUUCUGUUGCAAACUGUUCAGUAUGAAAGCAAUUGGCAUAUCAUCACUAACUCAUACAGGUUCAAGUGACUGGAAAAACAUGGCGGCAAUUCUUUCUUCCCACGAGAAAAGUCCUGAACAUUUGCAGAACUAUCAAAAGUGGAAAGAACUACAUCAGCGAUUACAGAGGAAUAGUACAAUAGAUGAAGAAAUUUUGCGCAAGAUGAAGAAUGAAGAAAAGUAUUGGCAGCAAAUACUAAAGCGUUUAAUAGCAUUAGUCAGAGUUUUGGGUGAACAGAAUCUAGCUUUUCGCGGUACAAAUGAAACAUUGUACAGUGCCAAUAACGGUAAUUUUUUAAAAUUUGUGUAA